UCAAAAAUGGCCGUGUUUGACAGUUGUUUACAUUCUUCGCUACAAAGAAUGAACAUUUCUUUUAAAUUGAAGGAAGAACAGAAGCAAUGCUUGGAAAAUGUUUUUAAUUUAAGAGAUACUAUUGCAGUGCUACCGACAGGUUUCGGGAAAAGUUUGAUUUUUCAGUUAUUACCAUGUUUAAUGCAAGAAAAACUUCAAAGACAAGAGCCAAUGAUAGUUGUGAUUGUGACUCCAUUAAAUUCGAUCAUGGAAGACCAGGUUUCCAGCCUAAAGUCGAAGGUUAUUUCUGCGUGCUUUCUUUCCUAUGAUGGACGUGUCGUUUCCACAUUCGAUGAUGGUGAUGAUGAAGAUGCCGAAGGCAAAGUACGGCUACCAACGUCAAUGUCCCUUAGUGAUCUGAAGAACGGGUGUAGCAACCUCAUAUAUGCUCACCCUGAGGCUUUACAAAGCAAGGAAAUUAUGAAAAUUCUCCAUUCAAGGACCUACCAAGAACGUGUGUGCGCCAUUGUUGUUGAUGAGGCUCAUAUGGUGUCUGAAUGGGGUGAUGAGUUUCGACCAUCGUUUAAACGGCUAGGGGAAUUGACCUGCAUUUUCCCAAAAGCUGGUCAUAUCGCCCUGACUGCCACUGCUACACCAACGAAAAUCAAGGACCUUGCAGCUGUUUUACAGUACUCAUCAGAAUGCGUGAUAUCUUUAAACCCAGACCGACCAAACAUCUACUUGGAAGUUUUAACAAGACCUCCAAAUGUUAGAAAAUAUGAAAAACAUGACAGUUUAAUUAAUCCCAUUUCUAAGGAGCUUUGUGAAAAACUGGUCGAGUUUCCUGUUACAAUUAUGUAUAUGGAGAGUUUGGAAGCUUUGGGAUAUUGCUACCAAUAUGUUUCCCAUGACCUCAAAGAGAAACAGUAUACUGGGGAAGCUAUACCAGAAAACCGUAUUUUUGCACAAUACCACACAGACUACACUCAAGACAUGAAAAGACACAUCGUGAAUGAACUUACAAAGGAAACACCUAAACUGCGACUUGUUAUGGCAACAGUUGCACUUGGAAUGGGGCUAAAUGCUCCCUCUGUUACCCGUAUAAUUCAUUGCAGACCUCCAACAACACUUGAGGAGUAUUUACAAGAAAUGGGACGGGCAGGCCGUAAGGGUCAACAAGCAGAAGCUAUUCUUUAUUACAACAACAGUGAUAUUUCAAAAUCAAGAAAAGGGAUGAGUCAGAGCAUGACCAGUUACUGUAAGAAUGAGCAAACUUGUCUGAGACUUCAAUUAGUUCAACAUUUUGGAUUUAAUCAUGUUGUGUAUUCUGGAGAAAGUAUAAAGUGCUGUUCUAAUUGCAAAAGGGUUUUCUCAAGAGGUCUACUAGAAUAAACUUAUCACCAUGAUGCACAAAAACUAUUUGUAA